CUUUUGGUUAUAAAUUGUUGCAGACAGAGGUUGAGUAUCUUGGUCAACUUCACCAUCCGAAUUUGGUUAAGCUCAUCGGGUACUGUUCAGAUGGUGACAGCCGUCUUUUGGUUUAUGAGUUCAUGCCAAAAGGAAGUUUGGAGAAUCAUCUAUUUAGAAGAAGUUCACAGCCACUUUCUUGGGCGAUACGGAUCAAAGUAGCAGUUGGAGCUGCUAGAGGAUUUGUGUUUUUGCAUGACAGGGAAUCCCAAGUCAUUUUUCGAGAUGUGAAGGCCUCAAACAUUCUCCUGGACUCGGAUUUUAGUCCGAAGCUUUCAGAUUUUGGCUUGGCAAAAGCUGGCCCGACAGGGGAUAAUACUCAUGUCUCCACACAAGUCAUGGGAACUCAUGGAUACGCUGCUCCAGAGUAUGUAGCAACAGGCCGUCUCUCUGCUAAAGCUGAUGUCUACAGCUUCGGUGUCGUGCUUCUGGAACUACUCUCUGGACGUCGAGCUCUCGACAAGAACAAGAUUGGCAUAGAACAGAACCUUGUAGAUUGGGCUAGACCUUUUCUUGGAGACAAGAGAAAGCUAUACAAGAUCAUGGACUCGAGAUUAGGGGGCCAAUACCCUAAAAAAGCAGCCUUUACUAUCGCCACUCUUGCAUUAAGAUGCAUAAGCAAUGAAGCCAGACUCAGACCUAAGAUGUCUGAGGUCUUAGCCACACUCGAGCCACUCUUAGACUCAAAAGAAACCAUUAAGCAAAAUGCAAAAGGGAGGGAGAAAGGUUUCGGAUCCAGGCCUAAGGUCACCAAGACGGGUCACGAGUAACGGGUCUCCUUUGACAUCCCAUCGAAAGUCGCCCAGAGGUCGCUAGAUGAUGUUUCAUUGUAAAUGUGAUGGCGUUUAGGUGAUUAAAUUUUGGAAUUUCUUUUUAGUCGUGAGGAGAUGAAUUAAUGUGUGAAGCAUUGUUCUAAUGAUGCAUUUCGGGGAAAUGUAUUGAUGGAUUCAGGUGGAAUCAGUUCAGUUCCACGUUUUCUGGCAAUUUUUUGUCUCUCUGAAUUGGUCAAUUUGCUUCUGAGACGUCCAUGUUUCUGUUUCUAAUGUUGCUCAAUUCAGUCAAGAGUUCUUUGGUCA